GUCAAUGUCAAUGGAACGUUGGUGACACUGGGACCACUCAGGGAAACCUGUGGUUGGAAGAGAUGUGACAUCACUUGAGGUUUUGUAGCGGCUGUUAAAAAGCAAAUCACUGAAGCCCAUCACUCACUAUGGUUCUGUGUCAAACUCAGAUCCUAUUAAGAAAAGUCAACCAAUUCAACACAUUACUCAGAGCUUGAGAUAUUUGACAGCCGUAGAGCAUGCACUGGGAGAAAUCUCCUUCCUCAGGGCUGCCUGAUGAAAAGCCAUAUCAAGGGGUGCGAGUCCGAGACCCAGUCAAAGAGUUGCUGAGGAGGAAACGAGGACUGCUUCUCCACAAUGCCAAGACAGUGCCCCCUAGAGUGGUAGGGGUCCCAAACAACAACUUGCCUUCAUAUGCACAGCUUGGGACUUCCGGGUUUGAAGUGGCUAAUAGCCUAUCCAAUGACUCCUCCACAGUCAAUGAUGGUGGCCUCUGUGCAGGUUGGAUAGCCCAGCCUGCAGCUACUGCUCUCCAGCCCAUUAACCAUUGGUCCUACCCAGAGUACCUCCAGCAGUAUGACCCCACCACCACAACCACCACCACCCUGCCCCUCACCACUGACAUGUACAUGCAGCCAAUGUGUCCCAGCUACACCGUGGUGGGUCCAUCCUCCAUGCUCACCUACACACACACGCCUCUCUUUACCAACUUCGGGACCCUAGCACCAACAUCCACAGCCCUACCGCAAGUGGACCUCCAGGACUCAGUGCUGACUUAUAUCCCAUGGGCCCAGCCGCUAUCCACCAUCCCUACAUCGGGUGUGCAGUUUGCCUCUCACCCUGCCUCUCUGGCUGGGUCUCAGCUGCUUCCCAUGUCCAUGCCAGUGACCCCCACCAUGCACCAGCAGGACCCUCAGCCGCAGCCCCUGGAGCAGAGCCCUGCUGGGGCUGAAGAACCCAACCCUCUGGAGAAACUUCUGGAAGACCAGGAUCAGGACGACAAAUACACAUAUGUGAACAGUUCCUCAAUCUUCAUCCCCAGUGUCUAAGAUAUAUCAGGAUGCACCAGUCAUAAGCAUUAAUGAAAUGCUUCCACAAUGCUUAUGGAUGUGUUAUGUAUGGGUUAUAAAUGAAUGUAUUAUGUAGGUACCCCUUAUAUUUCCAUUGCUCAGAAUUCAGGUUAAUAUACAGUAUGUUUGUAGUUAUACUAUCCUUUAUGUUGUAAUGUACAUUGAAGUACUGUGAAUUGCUUUUUUUAUGAUGAAAAAGGGAACAGUGUUUCUAUUCUAUCAUUUACUAAAAAAAUGUUUUGCUGAAAAAUAACUGCUGUCAUGUAUUAUAGAUGCUGUAACUGAAAGAUAUGCAUUGAUUGAUUCGUCCCGAAUCAUGCUAAAAGUUUAAAUGUAUUUUUAUUUCAAUUACUUGUAAGGUAUUUAUUUGUUUUAAGAAGUACCUCCUUUCUGACAGCCAUAAUAUAAUACAGUUGUUUUAAAAGUAGUUACUCUGAGAUGUGUAUUCAAAUAUUUGUAAUAGUUUCCUAAUGUCAUUCAAUUGUUAAAUCAACCCAUAUUUAUAUUUAUCUAGGGUCUGCUUUGAAGAGUAUUUGGCAUAAAACAUGAAAAGCUCAUGUCGUUUCCUGUUGCCUUGCUCUCUCUUGCCGUUAUCUUUUGCAGUCGGAAGUUAUGGCUUUCAGUUAACUAUGGUACUGGAUUGGGAAAGCCCAGGGUUCUCUGUUUAUCUGGCUGUCCCAUCAGUACCCCCCAGGCCCCAGGGGCAACCGACAGAGACAGGGCUCUGCAGUAAAUCUGCCACACCCACCUGAAGCACACCGACUACUGCAGGUCUAAGGUCCAGCAAGACUGUGUGUUUGUGUUCAUUCAGUUUAUUGGUUUGUGUUUGGAGAAAUGUUGCAUACAGAAGUGUUAUGUGUUAUAUGUUCAAUGUUUUAAAAAAAGCCAUGUUACAUUACAGUAUUUAGAAAUCCUGAAGAGUCUGUGAGGCUUCAAAAUGUAUUAUGUCAAACAUAUUAUGUCAAUAAUAGUCAAACCUCUGCUCUUUCUGUUUCUAUUUAAUUAAAGUUAACUUAUAAAUUCAUUUUAAUGCCAUUACUCAAUAUAUGAUUCUAAUAGGAUUAUAAUAACAUUAUGAUUUUCAGUUGAGGAUAAAACAGAAAAUUAUAUCUUUUUAUCUUAUCCAAAUGAUGUACGAAAUGAAACACAGCUAGCAGUGGGGCGUAAUAAAAGUGUUUUAAACUCCAAAUAAAUC